UCAUGUGACCCGAGUAACAUGGCCGCUGUCCCGUGAGUACCGCUGGUACCGGGCGAGAGUUGUUAGGCGGCCAGGGUCAGGUGUGCUGGAGCAGGGUCCGGGCCCGGGUUCCAGGGCGAGGCGGCGGAGCGUGGCAGGCAAGCCCGGAGCGGCGUGGUCCAUGCGCCGGCGCCGGGGGCAGAGCGGAGCCGCAGACUCCCCUGGCCCCGGCGCGGCCCCGGCAGCCGCGGGCUAAGGAGUCGCGAGGCUCCCCGAGCUGCCACCAUGAACCCCGAGAAGGAUUUCGCGCCGCUCACGCCUAACAUCGUGCGCGCCCUCAAUGACAAGCUGUACGAAAAGCGGAAGGUGGCAGCGCUGGAGAUCGAGAAGCUGGUCCGGGAGUUCGUGGCCCAGAACAAUACCGUGCAAAUCAAGCAUGUGAUCCAGACCCUGUCCCAGGAGUUUGCCCUGUCUCAGCACCCCCACAGCCGGAAAGGGGGCCUCAUCGGCCUGGCCGCCUGCUCCAUCGCACUGGGCAAGGACUCAGGACUCUACCUGAAGGAGCUGAUCGAGCCAGUGCUGACCUGCUUCAAUGAUGCAGACAGCAGACUGCGCUACUAUGCCUGCGAGGCCCUCUACAACAUCGUCAAGGUGGCCCGGGGCGCUGUGCUGCCUCACUUCAACGUUCUCUUUGACGGGCUGAGCAAGCUGGCGGCCGACCCAGACCCCAAUGUGAAAAGCGGAUCUGAGCUCCUAGACCGCCUUUUAAAGGACAUCGUGACUGAGAGCAACAAGUUUGACCUGGUGAGCUUCAUCCCCUUGUUGCGAGAGAGGAUUUACUCCAACAACCAGUAUGCCCGGCAGUUCAUCAUCUCCUGGAUCCUGGUUCUGGAGUCGGUGCCAGACAUUAACCUGCUGGAUUACCUGCCGGAGAUCCUGGAUGGACUCUUCCAGAUCCUGGGCGACAAUGGCAAAGAGAUUCGCAAAAUGUGUGAGGUUGUUCUUGGAGAAUUCUUAAAAGAAAUUAAGAAGAACCCCUCCAGUGUGAAGUUUGCUGAGAUGGCCAACAUCCUGGUGAUCCACUGCCAGACCACGGAUGACCUCAUCCAGCUGACAGCCAUGUGCUGGAUGCGGGAGUUCAUCCAGUUGGCGGGCCGCGUCAUGCUGCCCUACUCCUCUGGGAUCCUGACUGCUGUCUUGCCCUGCCUGGCCUACGAUGACCGCAAGAAAAGCAUCAAAGAGGUGGCCAACGUGUGCAACCAGAGCCUGAUGAAGCUGGUCACCCCCGAGGACGACGAGCCGGAUGAGCUGAGACCCGGGCAGAGGCAGGCAGAGCCCGCCCCUGACGAUGCCCUGCCAAAGCAGGAGGGCACAGCCAGUGGAGGUCCAGAUGGUUCCUGUGACUCCAGCUUCAGUAGCAGCAUCAGUGUCUUCACUGCAGCCAGUCUUACCCACAGCACUGAAAGAGCCCCAGUGACCCUUCACCUCGACGGGAUCGUGCAGGUCCUGAACUGCCACCUCAGUGACACGGCCAUUGGGAUGAUGACCAGGAUUGCAGUUCUCAAGUGGCUCUACCACCUCUACAUCAAAACUCCUCGGAAGAUGUUCCGGCACACGGACAGCCUCUUUCCCAUUCUACUGCAGACGCUAUCGGAUGAAUCGGAUGAGGUGAUCCUGAAGGACCUGGAGGUGCUGGCAGAAAUCGCUUCCUCCCCUGCAGGCCAGACGGAUGACCCAGGGCCCCUCGAUGGCCCUGACCUCCGGGCCAGCCACUCAGAGCUCCAGGUGCCCACCCCCGGCAGAGCCGGCCUACUGAACACCUCCGGUACCAAAGGCUUAGAAUGUUCUCCUUCCACUCCCACCAUGAAUUCCUACUUUUAUAAGUUCAUGAUCAACCUUCUCAAGAGAUUCAGCAGCGAACGGAAGCUCCUGGAGGUCAGAGGCCCUUUCAUCAUCAGGCAGCUGUGCCUCCUGCUGAACGCGGAGAACAUCUUCCACUCGAUGGCAGACAUCCUGCUGCGGGAGGAGGACCUCAAGUUCGCCUCGACCAUGGUCCACGCCCUCAACACCAUCCUGCUGACCUCCACGGAGCUCUUCCAGCUAAGGAACCAGCUGAAGGACCUGAAGACCCUGGAGAGCCAGAACCUGUUCUGCUGCCUGUACCGCUCCUGGUGCCACAACCCAGUCACCACGGUGUCCCUCUGCUUCCUCACCCAGAACUACCGGCAUGCCUAUGACCUCAUCCAGAAGUUUGGGGACCUGGAGGUCACCGUGGACUUCCUUGCAGAGGUGGACAAGCUGGUGCAGCUGAUCGAGUGUCCCAUCUUCACAUCACACCCUAUUUAUAGCUCUCCCGUGCUGGCACGUGCGGAGCCGACUGGAGAAUCUGUUACACUACGAGCCCCGAGCCCUCAUAUCACCAGGGAGGCAGCUGAGCAGGGGGCGGGGAACAGACCAGGCCCCACAGCGCAUCUCGGGGUUGUCGGGCUGAGAUCUGCGCCUGCAGCUGCUGGACGUGAAGAACAACCCCUACUUGAUCAAGGCCCUCUACGGCCUGCUCAUGCUCCUGCCGCAGAGCAGCGCCUUCCAGCUGCUCUCACACCGGCUCCAGUGCGUGCCCAACCCCGAGCUGCUGCAGACCGAAGACAGUCUAAAGGCAGCCCCCAAGUCCCAGAAAGCCGACUCCCCUAGCAUCGACUACGCAGAGCUGCUGCAGCACUUUGAGAAGGUCCAGAACAAGCACCUGGAAGUGCGGCACCAGCGGAGCGGGCGUGGGGACCACCUGGACCGGAGGGUCGUCCUCUGACAGGCCUGGCACAGAGGAGGGCCCACCGAGUGGUCCCAUGAAGCACUCAGGGUUGUCACGCCCUCCUGAGGAGCUCAAGGACCUGCCUCUCAGGACCAGGGCUGGGCCUGACUGCCAGCCCAGAGCGCUGUUGGGGCCGGAGGCUGCUCUGUCUGCCCAAGCUCCUCUGAGAGUCCAGCCCUCAGGCCUCCAGCGCUGUCAGCUGCACCCUAGCAUUCACACAGAGCUGGCUGCCCACCCUGUGGGGGGCUACAGCCUCAGACACCACUCAUCCUCUGGAAUCAACCUCUUUCUAAUGCCCUCUUGGAAAAAGAGCUUGCCUCUCCUCCAGCACACCAGAGCUCUGGCCUUGUGUGUAUAUGUAUACAUACCUGUGUGUGUGUGUGUACUUGUAUGCACGUAGGCACCAGCACAAAGAUCUGAAUGAUGCACCCCACCCCCACCCCAAUAAAGAAAUAAGAGAAAAUCCUCAA